GCAGAUGAAUCGCAUAAGAUUAUGGGUUUAGGUGCUUGGUACAAGGCAUGCAUGGCUUUGCAGAAGCUUCAGGGGCUUUGUCUGACUGGCACCCCUCUCAUAAAUAAGCUAUCCGAUAUCCAACCCCAGCUCAGGUUUCUUGGGGUCACAGAUGAACGUGGUCCGGCUGCCGAAAGCACCGCUUUCGCUGUGCGCGGCAAACGGGGAUACUUCUCCAAGGUUUCUGCACACGUAGUCGCGGUAUGAUGUUGUUCCGCUAUGCGCAGUCAUUGAAAUGAUCCUUUUAUAGAAUCUUCUUGCGAAUUGUACGCGAUACAGGAGAAAGGUGGAUGUAAUUCAGCUUCCGAAUUUAGAAAUCAAGACUGUUCAUGUGUGGCAAACACAGGGGGAGAAAACGAUACACGAUUGGGCUCGUUCUGGCAUCAGGGAUUUCGAUAUGGCGUGGCUGAGAGCCAGGCAAGCAUGCGAUCACCCAUUACUACUCAUGGGCGCCUUGGGGCAGAUAAUCGAGGAGCAAGGCCUUGAUGCUGAUGUGACUUCUGAUGCAGUGGACAUGUACGGACGUGGUCUUGGUCCCAAUCCGGAAGUUCUCCCAUUAAGCCUUCAGCCAUUCGCUCGGCUGUUUGGACAUGCGUAUGUCUCAAGUAAAAUCCGCGCGGUGAUGGAUAUUAUCACAGGGGUACCAGAAGGCCAGAAGUGCUGCUUUAGGGACACGAUGGAUCUGCUGGAGGUCCAGAUGAAGAAACUGAAGAUAGGCGUGGACCAAUAUCACGGCGAACUCUCGACACAGCGACGUAUGGAAGUCCUUGAGUCUUUCGCGAACAAUUCCCGCAUGAAAGUGCUCCUGAUGUCCACUGAUGCUGGUGGUGUCGGACUCAACAUCACUAUCGCAAAUCAUGUCAUUCUCGUUAACCCGUGGUGGAAUCAUUGCAAAGAGAUGCAGGCUAUUUCUCGAUGCCACCGCUUUGGCCAGGACAAGACAGUUUUUGUGUAUAAAGUCAUCACACAGGACUCUGUGGAGACCGAUGUCAUAAAAUGUCAAGAGGAGAACAAGGAUAUCAUUGAAUAUGUACUAGACUUGAUUGCGCUUCCCCCUAUCCUCUGAGCUUGAGAGUGUGUUUUAUAACAUUACCGUACAUAUGCACAUCAUGGUGCUAUCAUUUCCCGCAACGUGUAUACCUGCUCCUGCAAAGUAGUCAUGUCAUUAAUUCGGGAUGACAGUAGCAGCCAUGCUGGUACGCUCUGACCACCA